AUGUCCUCGAAACGCAAAUGGGAUGAGGCUGCCCCCGAUGGCUCUGCUACGCCAGAAAGUGCCCCAAAAGUCGCAAAGUCUGAGGAGUCCCGCGACGCCUCAACCGCUGCCGCUGCCGCUGCAGCAAUUGCCGCCAAGAUUGCCGCACAAUUCUCUGCUGGUGGCGCUGGAGGGAUUGGAGGAAAGGAUCCGCACGAUGGCGAUUUUGUGAAGGAUAUCGACAUUAACGACCAGCGAAACCGCUACCUCCUCACCAAGGGUUCGACGCAGCAGCAGAUUCACGACGAGACAGGUGCAUCUGUUGGUACGAAGGGGACUUGGUACCCGGACCGCUCUAAAGCUACGGAGCGCGACCCUCCCCUGUACCUGCACAUCUCCGCCACGACUCAAGAAAUGCUUGACAAGGCCGUGGCAAAAGUUAACGAGCUCAUUAACCUGGAUAUGGGCUCGCUCGUCGAAGAUAAAAGCUCUCGCGGAAGGGAGAGGAGGAAAUGGCCUGAAGAGAAGGUGCCGGUGGGAAUCGAGUCUUUGCGCAACUUCAACGUCCGUGCAAAGGUCGUUGGUCCAACCGGUAUGUUUGUAAAGUAUAUCCAGCAGGAGACAGGCACUCGUGUGCAGAUCAAGGGCCUUGGCUCCGGAUUUGUAGACCAAGAGACGGGGAGGGAAUCUGACGAGCCCAUGCAUAUUCACAUCACCGGCCCCGACGAGAACAUGAUCGCGCGUGCUAAACUCCUCGCUGACGACCUACUCGAGGUCGUACGCGGAGAACACGCCAAGGCUCUCCAACAAGUUCAAGCGCAGCAGAUGGAGCUGCAUCACGCCCAGAUGCAGUACGCCGCCUACACUGCCGCCAUGAGCGGCGGAUACGCACCUCAACCACCGGGCUCAGCCCCGCCUCCCCCUCCGGGCGAGCAACCGCCGCCUCCUCCGGAUGGCAGUGCACAGCAGCAGCAAUCAGCCGCUCCGCUACCGUCGGACACGGAUGCGUACGCUGCAUACUGGGCGGCAUACGGCUACGAUGUCAACUCGCCCGAGUUCAAGCAAUGGCAAGCUCAGCAGCAGGCACAGUACGCUCAGUAUUAUGCUCAGCAAGGGUACACCGCGACGCCUAAUGCCGACGGAUCGGCUGCCGCAACGCCGGCGCCUCCUCCGCCAAGUGACGCUGCUCCGCCUCCGCCUCCCCCUGGACCGCCUCCGUCAUGA